AUGAAUUCUGUGCGUGAAAUCCAGCGCAUCAAUGAGCGUGAGCUAGAGUUGGGACUCCAUGGAUCGGGGUCGUGGCAUGAUCAGUACAAAGACUCGGCGUACAUUUAUGUGGGAGGUCUGCCAUACGACCUGACUGAAGGUGAUGUGCUCACGAUUUUUUCACAGUAUGGCGAAAUCGUGAACAUUCAUCUGCCGAAGCCACGCGAAGAGCCUGGUCCUAGCGACAAGGACCGCCGCGCCCACGAUCCCCAGGAGUCGAAGAAAAGUCAUGGGCGAAACCGAGGCUUUGGCUUUUUAAUGUACGAAGACCAGCGCUCGACUGUGCUGGCUGUAGACAAUUUAAAUGGUUCCCAGGUUCUUGGGCGCACACUGCGUGUGGACCAUGUGGCGAAUUUCAAGCAGGAACGAGUGCGCGAUGCUGAGGGCAACCUAGUUGAACCGGAGGAGCAGAUUUUGAACUGUGCGCCACCUGAGACAGUGGUCGAUGAAGAUGAGGAUCCUGAGCAUGGUGAUGGAGAUGCAGACUUGGAAGAUCCUAUGGCGGCCUACUUUGCCGAGAAACGUGACCGUGAGCGCCGCAAAAAGCGGCGGCGUCAUGACGACGACGAGCGGUCAUCUGCACGUCGUCAUAGAGAACGGCGGAGAAAGGAAAGCGAUCUGCAUGAGUCGAGGCGGCACAGGGACGGGCGUUCCGAGGAGCGAGAUGCCCGGUACCGACGGGAGGAAGACCUGGAGCGACGUGCAAACGACAACGAACUACCUUCACAUCACCGCCACGGACGUGACUACGAUGGCGCAUAUGGAGAUGACACUGAUCAAGGAUCAAGGCAUCACGGGGCGCACCACAGAGAACGGCGGCACCGACAUGGUGGCCCAGAAGGUUCGCGCCAUCAUGUGCACCGGACCGAAGAGGAUUCGCGCACCUGGCGCCGCCGGGACGAACAGCCUAUCCAUCAAGAGCACAGUGACUAUGAACAACGCGGAGACGUUCAAGAUCGACCGCGUCAUGAUGCAUCGCGUGAGCGGUCCGUGACACCGAUCAUGGAUCGACACGUACGUACGGACACGCCGUAG